AUGAGUGAGCGGAAAAAUGAGGGACGAAUUACUGAACGAAUAGUUGAGGAUGAAUAUUCAUUCUUGAUAUGCAUUCCUGGAGUAGCUGCAGCUGCGCUCUCAGCGGUAGUGUUCGCUCGCAUGAGGCAUUCCUCAUUAGAGGUAUUAUUGUGCGGAUUAUCAUUGUUCGACGUACUUGUUCUCUCUUCCACGUUACUAAUCUAUCCAGCGAUGAAUGCAUGCCAAAAUGAGGCAGAUCCGACAAACAGUCGUGUUUGCCAUUUUUUCUGGACAUCAACAUUGUUCGCCUACCCGUUGUCACUUAUAGCUCAAGCAGGCUCCGUGUGGACCUGCGUGGCAAUUGCCUCCGAUCGCUUCAUCGCUGUUUCCUUCCCUAUCAAAAAACAUGUUUGGGCUACUCCGAAGACAUCCUUAUUUGUUAUUUGUGGAGUAACCCUAGUCAGUGUCCUCUUCAAACUCCCUGCCUUUUUUGAAAUAACUCUCAAUGAAUACGGGCAAAUCACUCCAACAUCGAUGCGAUUGAAUGCAAACUAUCAGAAAUAUUACAUGACCUAUAUGUAUUUGAUCUUCAUUCUAUUUAUUCCAUGGACAGUAAUCAUUGUCUUGAAUGGAUUUGUCAUACAGAAGGUCAUAAGGAUGACUGUGAUGACUGUAGUGAUGACGGGGAUAUUCGUGUUGUGCAACAUUCCACCUGCUAUUAAUAAUAUCAUUGAAGCAUAUGCUCCUCAAUACAGGGACAGUUAUCGUCAUCGAAUUCCUCUCUCAACAUUGCUCGUAUGUGUAAAUAGCAAAGUUGCUUUAAAACUCAGAAUUCGCUAUGGUGUGAAAUACGAUAAAAACACAUAA